UUCAGUUAUUUUCGGCAGGUGAUUAGGUGAGGGUGUACCUUUACCUAAUUUUAUCCGGCUACAAAAAUAAAGAAAAAAAUAAAAAAUAGAAAAAAAACAAACAUAAUUAAAAAUUAACUAAUUUAAUAGCUAUCAUUAAACAUGAACGAGAAAUUAAAAGCAUUCCGUCGUUUUCUCCAUUGGGGACCAAUAAUAGCUCUAAGCAUAAUCAAAUGCAUUACUGUAAUGACUUUGUAUAUGAAUUCAAUGUGGUGGCCACCAAAUGAAAGUCUCGGCGGCCUACUGAACCAGACUUUAUUCUUGUUGCUGUCGUCGAUAGCGACAUUUAAUUACGCUAUGGCCACUCUCCAUGGACCUGGUUUUUUACCCAAGGGUUGGCGACCGAAGAAUCCAAAAGAUGAACAACAUCUUCAGUAUUGUAAAGUAUGCGAAGGAUUUAAAGCACCCCGAGCUCAUCAUUGUAAAAAAUGUAAUCGUUGCGUCAUGAAAAUGGACCACCAUUGUCCAUGGAUAAACAAUUGUGUUGGUUGGGCAAAUCAUGCUCAUUUCACUUAUUUCCUUGCCUUCUCGAUUUUAGGUAGCUUUCAUGCUUCUAUUUUGCUGAUAGGCUCAUUCUAUCGUGGCAUUCAUCGAUAUUACUACUUAACUCAUGGACUUAAUCAUUUGGCUACUGUUCAGUUUGGUUUGAUUAGCAUUGUAAUGUGCAUCUUCAGCUUAGGCUUAGCCAUUGGAGUUGUAAUUGCAUUAGGAAUGCUUUUGUACUUCCAAUUAAAAUCUAUUGUAACCAAUCAAACUGGCAUUGAAAGCUGGAUCUUGGAAAAGGCACUCUACCGAAGAAGUCAACAUUCAGAUGAAGAUGAAUUCGUAUACCCGUAUGACUUGGGUGCCAAGGAAAAUAUUAAACAAGUCCUUAAUCUAUAUUGUACACCAGUAGGCGAUGGGAUUGAAUGGCCAGUUGUGGAAUCAUGUGAUCAAUACACAUUAACGAGGGAACAAUUAUGUCAAAAGCUGGAAAAACGAGCAAGGACCAAAACAUUUAAAGCUAUUCGUCCAGCGACUGGAAGUUAUGUUCCUCUCUUUUCGCAAGGAUUCAAAGUAUGUCUAUCCCCACCGUGUACUGAUGAGCCAAGAAUCAAACUACUUCCUGGAGAUGUAAUCAAAGUUACGCGUUUCCGUAGGCAUUGGUUAUUUGGGGAACGUGUAGUUGAAGAACUUGACAGUGAUUUAAAACGCGAAGGUCCCAUACGAGGAUGGUUCCCAAGACGUUGUGCUGUCGAACUGAUUGAACCAGAAAUGCCUUCAGAGAAUGAAAAUCACAGAAAGUCGAACGGAGUUGCCAAUCAUCACAGUAAUAAGAAAAAAGUUAACUAAAACGUGAUCCGAAACGAAUAAUUGAUUCCAAGCCAUAAAAAGAAUUUAUUUCUGAUCAUUAAAAAAAAACAAAAUAAUUUUCUAUUCCGAUCAGCACAAGUGGCACACUUUUUGUUUUUGCGUAUUUUGUAAAAUUGAACUUAUGCAAUGUGAACGUAUACUUAAGCAUUAGUUUGAAAAUCUCAACGUGAAUACAAUUAUAUAAUGUACGUUGUACUUCUUUUUUUUUAUUGAAAGUGAUAUAUAACUUUUUGUUUUUAAUUUAAGAAAAAAUAAAACUUAUUUAAAAUACAUAAUGUAAUGUAGUAAAUAAAGAUUAAAAUGCUUAAUAUGUAUACUAA